CCCCUGCACCGGACGGGUGUAUUAUAGAUGCGCAUGCAAGCAGCCGGGCGGCGGGGGCCACUGGACGGGUGCAAUGUGACGGGGUCGGGGAGAGACACUGGGACACAGCCUAAACCGCGCGGUGAGGGAGGGUUUAACCAUUAACCACCAUUAACCAUUAAGGGAGCUGUGCGGAGCCGGUACCGUACAUAAGGCGUGCGCACCGGCGUCCACGCCUCAGCCUGAGCGCGUUAGCAGGAGGCGGAGGAUGCACGCAGCCGGCCACACGGAUCCCAUGCGCUGUUACUGACCAUCACUCCGGUUUGUCCGCUUCUCCUCUCCGGACCGCUGACACUUAGAAGGUGACUGCCCACUCUGUUUGGAGGUACUUUUCCGCAGUCGGUAAUUCAAUCCUCAAACUGCAGACCCUUAAAUAUCUCCCCUGAAAACCGGCCAGCAACCACGUGGUGUAAGGUGAGACAUUCCCAACCCGGUACACCACACCAGUCUCACAUGGACAGUGGAGUAGGAGCAUGACCAGUCUGCCGCUGCAAUCUGGCCACUUUAGACCUCUGAUUUCAUUUUUAUUUUAGCCUAUACUGAACUUCAAAGGACGGUUUACAAGUGAGGGCAGGGGAUUGCUGUGGUGAGUCCCCAAGCCUCUUGUUUUCCUUUCCCUUCUGUUUUGAACCAGUAUGCUUUCUUCUUUUUUUGCCGGCCUAUCCUGAGCACCUUGCAGUGAAUGGAGAACAUACUGGUUCUGCUCCCGAAGCACCGACAGGAACACGGGCUCUGCAGACGCACAGCUGCAUGUGCCUUGCUGCAGGUUUUUUCCUACAGAGCAGUUUUCUCCAGGUCUUUAAUACCGACACCCACUCCCUGUAAGCCUCUUUAAUGGGAUAAAUCAAUUGGACUGAUCAGGUUCAAAACCAGAUCAGGUGGCCAAUUCCAUUCUGACUUCCCCAAAACUGUUAGGCCGAGGCAACCUGACCUUUUCUUGUCAAGCUCACUGUCUUCCAAAGGCUUCCGCAUGGUACUUUGGUCGAAAGAACAAGACAAACUCCCCGACAUCGACAUGUCCUCCGGGGCCAUUGAGAUGAAGAAGGAGGGAGGCCCCCUGACCCCGGCCUUCCUCAACUCCAACUGCUCCACCCACCCGGUGAUCCUCACCAAGGGCCCUGAGGAGGUGAGCCCAGGGACCGGGGGCGAAUUCGAGCUCACAGAGGUCACAUCUUUCACCGAGAGAGCCGGUGAGACUGGGGAGGAUGAGGAGAGGUCGGAGAUUGUGGUGGCAAUGGACUGCCGUGCCAACGCCAAAGGUCAGCGGGAGGAGGAUGCUCUCCUGGAGAACGCAAGCCAGAGCAACGAGAGCGACGACACCAGCACCGACCAGAGCCCAGAGCCACCGGCACCCCUCAAGGAGACCUCCUUCUCCAUUGGCCUGCAGGUGGUCUUCCCCUUCCUGCUGGCCGGGUUCGGGACAGUGGCAGCGGGAAUGGUGCUAGACAUUGUCCAGCACUGGACGGUGUUUACGGAGGUGUCAGAGGUGUUCAUCCUGGUUCCAGCACUGCUGGGGCUCAAAGGCAACCUGGAGAUGACGCUGGCCUCAAGACUUUCCACAGCGGCUAAUAUUGGUCAGAUGGACACAGCCAAGGACAUGUGGAAGAUGAUCAUGGGGAACUUGGCCCUCAUCCAGGUCCAGGCCACCGUGGUGGGGUUCCUGGCCUCCAUAGCUGCUGUCAUCUUCGGCUGGAUCCCAGAGGGACAAUUCAGGCUGGGCCACGCAGUGCUGCUGUGUGCCUCCAGUGUGGCUACGGCCUUCAUUGCCUCGCUGCUGCUAGGGCUCAUCAUGAUCGGCGUGAUCAUCGCGUCCAGGAAAGUCGGCAUCAACCCGGACAAUGUGGCCACGCCCAUCGCUGCUAGCCUGGGAGACCUGAUCACCCUGUCCCUGCUGGCAGGCGUCUCAACAGGACUGUACAAGGAACUAGAGUUCAAUGACUACGCCAACCCGCUGGUGUGUGCGGUGUUUGUGGCGUUGUGUCCCCUAUGGGUGCUGAUAGCCAGGAGGAUCCCCUCCACCAGAGAGCUUCUCUACUCCGGCUGGGAGCCGGUCAUCAUCGCCAUGGCCAUCAGCAGUGUUGGUGGUCUGAUCCUCGACAAGACUGUCACCAACCCAAACUUUGCUGGCAUGGCUGUCUUCACCCCGGUCAUCAACGGUGUGGGUGGUAACCUGGUCGCGGUUCAGGCCAGUCGAAUCUCCACCUAUCUGCACAUGAACGGUCUACCCAUGGGGGAUCCAAACCCCGUCCCCAGGAAGUGCCCCACACCCUGCACCUCCUUCUUCGGCUCCUCUGUAAACUCUCGUUCGGCCCGUGUGCUCUUCCUACUGGUUGCCCCGGGUCACCUGGUCUUCCUCUACACCAUCAACUCCCUGAGGGGGGGGCACACCACCCUGACACCCGUUUUCAUUACCUUCUACCUGGCUGCUGCACUACUACAGGUGAUAAUCCUUCUCUACCUGGCAGACUGGAUGGUCCACUGGAUGUGGGGCCGAGGCAUGGACCCCGACAACUUCUCCAUCCCCUAUCUGACUGCUCUGGGUGACUUGCUGGGGACCGGCUUCCUCGCCCUCUGCUUCCACAUGCGCUGGUUCAUCGGGGACAGAGACAGUAACGCGGGCAACUGAAUUAACACAACAGACAUACACACCCACACACACACACACAAAAAAAUAAAUUCACACAAGGCAAGCUUGCACGCAUGGACAGUGUCGAGUAUCACCGGUAUGCCUGAACACUAUCUGGAAGUGGACAUCGUCUACAAUAAAAGGGCUAAUCUCCUGUAGGGCUCUGACUGAUGGUGCAGUGCACUCGCAGGGCGGUAACGUUUCAUCAUCAGGAUAUCAGGACACUGAUGCACCACAGCAGCAGCCCAGAAUACUGGACAGUAUCUGUGUUUCACCUAAGAAACACGCAUAUCUCCACCUCAACCACCUGAUGGAUCCUGACCCACAGACUACACCGAUCCUUUAUUUUACUUAAUAACUUUUGCUAUUAUGAAACUAUUGACAGUGAUUGUUGGUAGAUAAUGCUUUUGAUAUGAAUUGAUAUCUCUUCGGGGUCAGUCCUCAUUAUUUUCGAUGGGGACGUUGAGCCCUCCCAUUUUUCUAAGUAUCAAGUUUGAACACUUGAGACCAAGACGACAAAAGACAGCAAAAAAUCGAUCCAAACAAGCCUAGAAUGCUUAAUCACCAAGUGCUAUGUCAUAUAUCCAGAAUGAAUAUCAUAUGAAAUCUAAUGUGUCUCAUUUCUGAUUUAGUAGAGUGCAUAGGGCUAGCAGUUCUCUCUGUUUUACUUUGGCCUUGUGACAGUAGGGAACAGGGUUCGGGGGAGUUUUACCACAGGGGACUGGACCACAAACGUAACAAGCUAAAUCCCUUUUGGCAUCACUCCCAUCAGUGGAUGGCUUAAUUUGAGUCAGAACAAGGACCAGGAGUGUAAUACCUGCGCUCACUUCCCCUCAAUUCUGGGCUUGAGAAUAAGGGAUAUCAGAUUUGCCUCUGAUUGGAGUCAAGAAUCGCCUAAUGAAUGCCAAUUUAAAACGAGGUGUGCUCUUUCACACAAUAGUCUAUAUUUUAUUCCUCCUUUACUUGCUUUUUUUGGCCAAAUCCUCUAGAAAUCAUUAUUAUGCAAGAGUCUUUAAGCAAACACACAGAAACAGUGGAAAAUAGUAAGUGGAAAAUGUCAUAACUGUCAGUUAGGAAUGUGUCACACACCUCACUGUUCGUUGCAGCUCACGAUAGGGUUUUUCCAUGGAUGCCAAGAGGUUAGAGAGGUCUUAUUUUGCCGCAAGCUGUUCCAGGUGAGAAUAGCACCAGUCCCCCCUGUCUGAAACCAUCUGCCAACUCUCUACUGGAGCAGGCUAGUUGUUGUUAUUGUUGUUGUGUUGCCCAAGCCAGGCUUACAGUAAGUGACAAGAGGCUCAACAUGCUGCAACGCACUGGAAACAACUAGCAGAGUACACAGUGUGAAAGUGCGCUAGGUUGCUUUAGCCAGGAUGUGCUCGCUCGGUUUCAGCUACCACAGUCCGACACCAGAUGAAAGGUACUGAUUGCUGAUGUUUUGUGUGGGUAUUUGAUAUCUUUAGAUCUUUCAUUUGACCCUUUUGAUUCCCAGAAUGCAAUUUUGACCACGUUGGAGCGUUGAAUCAAUGAAAGACCAAUGAGUUUUAACAGUUAGCGUUUAGUUAGGUUUUUUCAAACUCUGUAGAGUGGGUUGUAGUAAAAUUUUAGAAUUUUUUCCAGAAAAUUAAAUUUUUUUCUCUUGUCACACAUAAAAAUGAUAGGAUGACUAAUAAUAAUCUCUCUGGUCGGGGGAGAACCUGACCUUUUGAUAAGUAAAUGACUGGACGAUGUUUAAUCAAAGGGCAAAAUCUUAGCCACAUGUCGGUUUAACCUUAGUGCGUACACACACACACACACACAUACACACACCAGCCACCCGCCACCAGACUUAGAGACUCAGCUGACCUGAGUUGACUCUCUUUUUGAGGGCUUACAGGUGAGGAGCAGGUAAAAAGGAAGUGGUGAGCCAUUUUGACAGACUGUACCGAGUACAGACGUCGGCCCAGAGGCAGUGAAUUUAGGAGAAACUUGCAUGUGAUGCUUGACUUAUCUGGCGCUUGUCAGACUUCUGUGCUGUUUCGAAGGGGCCAGCAGAAUGCAUGUGCAGGGCACAUAGUGUGAAUGUGCAAAAAACUUGAUUAUUUUAACUGUUAAUGAUUUUCUUUUUUUGUUGGUCUGACUGAUUUUUUUUUUUUAAAUGUGUCGCUUAUGUUAAAAUUGUGAUUUCUCUUUUCUAUUCCUUUCCUCCUCUCCCUAAUCUUUUUAACUCCUCGCGAUUAUUGUUUUGUGUCACGAAUCUCGUCAAACAAACAACCACUGUAAUGAUGAAGAAGCAACUUCUCCCCGCUGGUCAAAUGCACAAAGUACUGUAAUCUGCAAAACGGACACCAGAGGGCACCGCAGGGAUCCUCUUAACUGUACAGCUUCUCAGUGCGUCUCUGUGUCCUCUGGAUUCAAACCCACACACACGUCCACCCGCAGUGACAUUUAUUUUGUCUUCUUAUCUACCGUGUUUUGACUUGUUUGUGGAAGUUGCAUCCUUCUGUCUGUUCACCUUCAGUCUGCAUCCUCCACUCUCUUACUGAGCAGGUGCCAGCGUUCUGCCUCUGUGUCAAUGGAAAGUUGUGAAUACUUCUGUAAGGGGGCAAGUAAUGCUUUGUCUAUUUAUUUUUAGAAGCACACAAAGCAAAUUGUACAUACUAUAUUUAUUCUAUAUAUGAGGUUGUUUAUUUUGUCAUUUCAUUUUGGCUCCGUUUCGUUGUCACCAUGUUGAUGUCAUUUUUCUCCUCUCUUUUAUGUUUUUUUUUUUCUUUCUUCUCUUUGCAAAAGGCCAGUAGAGCUUUUUGGUGCAUGCCGCAAUAGAAUGGCGGUGAGGCUAAUGAAUAGCACAGUGCCUAAUACCAGUCUUUACACACCUCACACAUACGCGCACACACCCCGUGUCCCACACAGGGAGAGCAUACUUAUAAGACAUAGAAUGGCCUUAACCUAUCAGAGCCAAGCUCAACUCAGAGUAACCAAUCAGGAGCUAGGUUCGCCACAGAGUAGCAUCUCUUUAAUUUGCUUUGAUUAAUAAAAGAUGUACAGUAAGUUGAUUAUGUUGUGUAAUGUAAUAAUGACUUUAUAUGAUGCAGCAGUGGAGAGGAGAGAGGUUUUUGGUCACGUGAAUCUGCAAAAAAUGAGGACUCGGAGGCUGAAGAGCCCCCACUAGGCGGGUUGUGCAGGGCAUCUAAAAAGUCUGGAAUCAAGUUAAGCACCGACAGAAGUAAGAUUUGAACCCACAAACAAAUAAAAAGUACACAAUGCUGCUUCUCCUUAUGAUUCCAGAUGUUUCAUGCCUGUAUAAAAUACCCAGCCUUUUAAACCCUUCAUCCACCUACUGCCUUGUUAACCUCAGUGCUUCAAACCCUCGAGCCCCUGAACUCACAGCGAGCCGCACUGAUCCUCAGGCUGCCAGCGUCCACAUUAAGACGGAGCCUUUAAGCACCUGUCCCAGUCAGCUCCGCUGCCUCUGAAAAACUGAUGUAAAACAUGAACAGUCCUACUGGGGCAGAGGUCUUUGCGUUCUCUGUGCGUUCUUCUUGUUAAAGCCCUCCCUCUGUGAGGCUGGCGGAAGGCUCUCUCCCUGCAGGACUGUAAAUUGCUGGAAAUAAAGGACUAUAUUAUUUCAUACCA